ACAACCUUUUCGACAACCACUUAGAGCCAACUCCACCGCUUCCCAACACAACGUCAUCCAGUCCUCAUCUCAUCUACCUUACAUCCAUUCUCAACACCGAGUAGUCAUCCGCAAUGGCUACCGAAUCCAACAAAAUCACCCUCGUCAGCAAUGAUGGCGCUGAGGUCGUUGUCGAUCGCAACGUCGCUGAGCGCUCCAUGCUUAUCAAGAACAUGAUGGAGGAUCUCGGAGAGGCUGCCAUGACCCAAUCCGUCCCCAUCCCGAAUGUCAAUGAGUCGGUUCUCAAGAAGGUCAUUGAGUGGUGCGAGCAUCACAAGAACGAUCCCCCAGCCGCUGCCGAUGACGACUCCGACUCCCGCAAGAAGACGACUGAUAUCGAGGAGUGGGACCAAAAGUUCAUGCAAGUCGAUCAGGAGAUGCUCUUUGAGAUUAUCCUCGCUUCCAACUACCUUGAUAUCAAGCCUCUUCUCGACGUUGGUUGCAAGACCGUUGCGAACAUGAUCAAGGGCAAAUCUCCCGAGGAGAUCCGUAAGACCUUUAACAUCACCAACGACUUCACGCCCGAGGAGGAAGAACAGAUUCGACGUGAGAACGAGUGGGCUGAGGACCGCUAAGCACUCAGCUUCUCAACGAUUUCGCGGAGGGAUUCACACGCGGGCAUUGAAUUUCAUCAUAUCCAGACACCCUCUGGAUUCUUUCUUUGCUCGCCGGCAAUUCUUACCCUUGCAUACAUCAUGGUGUUCUCC